AUCACUGAUCGACGGAAAGAGCCGAAGAUGUCGGCUCAGUCAUGUGAUCAGCUGUGUCCAAUCACAGCUGAUCGCAUCCGUCACGCUGACAGAGGAGAGCCGGUAAUCAGCAUUCCUCAGAGGGGACAUGUGCACUGAUCAUCAUGGCACUGAUGAUCAGUGUGCCCUGAUGAUCUCUGUAGCCCCAGCAGUGUCAGUUGUCAGUGUCCAUCAGUGCCUUAUGUCAGUGCUCAUCCAUGCCACCUGCCAGUGCCCAUCAGUGCCACAUCAAUGCCACAUACCAGUGCACAUCAAUGCCACAUAUCAGUGCCCAUCUGAGCUGCCUUUCAGUGUCACCCAUAAGUGCCAGUCAGUGCCAACCAUAAGUGCCAGUCAGUGCCGCCUAUCAGUGCCACCUAUCACUGCCCAUCAGUGCUGCCUAUUACUUCUGCCUAACAGUGCUAGUCAGUGCCGCCUAUCAGUGCCAGUCAGUGCCACCUAUCAGUGCCAUAUAUGAGUG